AUGUUUCAUUGGUUUCCGGUGGAACCAAGUCUGCUCGCAGCAACGAUCCUUGUUUGUUUUGCUUCUCGAAUCAGUGAACAAUCAUCGCCAUCAUUAUCUCCAUUAUCGAUCGUAUCAUCUUUAAUAUCUUCAAACCUUCCAAUGUCUUCAUUAGCACCAUCGGUAGUGCCGUGUUCUUCUGGAAAUUACUUGUUUGAAGUAAAUGAACAACUGCUUUUUGCUAGCCGAUUGAUUAAUAAGAAACGUCUAACACCAACUCAUCACAAUAGCAAACAUAAUGUUGCAUUUGCCAGAUUAAGUAGCAGAUCCACCCCUGGUGAUAUAGGACACAGAAAUGUCCGAAAAAGAAGAGCUACUGAUCAGGAUUGCAAUGCGGGAUUGUGUUGCUUGAAAAGUAUAUAUUUUGAUUUCCAUGAACACGGUAUGGACAAUAUCAUCAGACCAUCGGGAUUCAAUAUGAAUUUCUGUGACGGAGAGUGCAACAUACAAAUUGAAACUAACGAUCGUGAUGCAUUAAUUUUGCAAGACAGAAUAAAUCAUCCAGAAAGUCCGUUCUUGAAAAGACUUUCUUGUUGUGUACCGACUAGGUGGUCAUCAGUUGAGAUUGUGGAAGAAAGAAAUGGUACUGAAUUUGAUCGUAUAUUGGAAAAUGUGAAAGUGAUGGAAUGUGGCUGUGCAAUUUAG